ACAGGCACACUCGCUCUAUCACGCUCAGUACGCUCUUAUUUGUUGUCAAGUACUCAACGUAUUUAUAAUUUACUUUUUUACUCCACACUCAAUUCAAUGUUUUUUUAUUUAUACAUAAGUAAACAAUAACAAUUGCCAGUAAUUUUUAAAUGUUUUAUUAAUUAAUUUUUUUCUCUCACAAUCAGUAAUUAGUUCGUUUAAUUUUUUUUAAUUGACAUAAAAUAUUUUUUAAUUGUUUACAUUUUUUAAAACAAUGACUACACGAAUUUCUCUUGCCACAAUGACUGAUCUCAAUAUAUAUAAAUGCUAAUUAGUAAAAAAAAAGUAAUAAUGAAUCUAUGGGUAGUAAAAAUAAAAAAAAUACUUAGAUGACAAGUAAAUUGAAUGAAUAUUUACUUAAAUAAAAUUAGAUGUCGCAAGAGCAGAUAAAAAAAAAUAAUCAAAAAAUGAUUGUCACUUAUUAUGAUAAUUAUUUAAUUAUAUUUUGAUAAUUAGCUUGUGAUUACAACUGAUAUUAACUUAUCAAGUGAUAAAUGAUUAAAUAUAUGAAUGUAUAUAUGUAGUUAAUAGUAAAUUAAUAAAUUUGAAAGUUAGAGAAUUUACUUAGAAAAAAAAAAAUGGAAUGUCUAUCUUGUGUUAAAUUACUACGUUUACCUGAGCGUAAACGUAAAUUAAGAGUUGAUGAUGACUUGGAGACUGUAAUUGAACGUACAGAGAGAUGGAGAAGUAUUUAUGUCAUAUAUUUUACUAUGUUUUUAAUGUCACUAGCAUUCAGUAUUGUUUUAACUGGAGUUUGGCCAUAUUUAGAUAAGUUAGAUCCUAGUGUAAAAAAAGAAUUUAUCGGAUAUGUAGUAGCUGCAAAUCCAUUUGGUCAAAUGAUAUUUUCACCAGUAAUUGGUUGGUGGGGAAAUAAACGUGGAUCUGUAAGGUUACCAUUAUUAUUAACAUUAGCACUAUUUGUUAUUGCAUCAGUUAUUUAUAGUACACUGGAAUUAAUUCCUGGAGAUAAAAAAACCUGGAUGGUUGCUGCCCGUUUUAUAGUUGGGGUCAGUUCAGCAAAUAUUGCGGUAGCGAGAUCAUAUUUGUCAGCAGCAACGAAAUUAUCUGAAAGAACGAAAGCCGUAUCAAUGGUCUCAUUAGCUCAGGUACUAGGAUUUGUAGUCGGUCCAGGCUUACAAGCAGCAGUCACUCCAUUGGGAGAUGCAGGAUUCAAUAUUUUCGGACUACCUUUCAAUAUGUACACAAUGGCUGGUUGGAUAAACGUAUUUUUCGGAUUAUUGAAUUUAAUUUUUAUAUUACCAUGGAAUUUUAAAGAACACAAAAUAGCUGCACGCGAAGCCAUGAGAGAUCAAGGAAAAUCUUCUGAAAAAGAAGCAUGGAAAGCAAUAAAACCAGAUUAUGUAGCAGCUUGGACAUUAAUUUCUGCUUUUAUAAUAUUAGUUUUUAAUUUUGUGUUAUUAGAAACUCUUGGCACUCCGCUGACAAUGGAUCAAUUUGCAUGGACUAAAAAAGAGUCACUUUAUUACAUGGGAAUAGUAAUGAGUGUUGGUGCCGUAAUAGCUUGUGUUGUUUUCGUGAUUAUUGAACCUCUGUGCAAAAGAUUCGAUGAAAGGAGAGUCAUGUUAUGGGGUGGAUUUUUGUUCAUGGUAGUUGGACGAAUUAUUUGUAUACCAUGGGGUAAUACUGAUCCACCACUCAUUGCUGAAAGAGAAUUAAUAACCAAUGCGAGCCUAUCACCGAACGCUACAGAAGUAGUAGGAUGUCCAAGUGAUCAAGAAUGGUGCCGCUACACACCAGCAAUGACGAUAACCCAAUUUAUAAUUGGUUAUGGCUUUACAACCAUCGGCUACCCAGUCGGCGUUACUUUAGUACAAACGAUAUUCACAAAAGUCCUAGGGCCUCGGCCACAAGGUCUCUGGAUGGGCAUAAUGACCGGCGCAGGUUGUGCAGCCCGUGUUUUAGGUCCCGUAUUCGUUGGCUUCAUUUACACUCGCUGGGGUACUUAUCACACAUUUGGUAUCACUGGAUUGACUCUGGUAGUCGCCAUGAUCUGGUUACAAAUCGUCAACAAACGGUUGAUCACUAAGUCGACCUAUCAAGAAGUGGCAGUAUCUCCAGAAGCCGAGAGUCCUAAGGAAGUCGAAAUGCAGGCCAUGGCGGAAAAUAUGUCCGAGCGCCAUCUGUCUGAGAAGCCAGGUAGUUUAAAUGAUGUGAGCGUUCAAAAUGGAGGAGUGAAGGACGAAUUGAAAGCAUUCAUCAGCGAUAAAAAUGAUAAUGACUGAGUUGGUGCACAAAUAAAUAAACUUUAUAGAGAUUAUAUUUUAAAUUGUAAUUGAUUUUGUUAAUUGAAGAUGAGUUUAUUUUAUAUACCAUGAAAUUUUGACUGAAUUUAAUAAAUAUUUUUAUUAACAAA